AUGUCCUCUUUCUAUCCAGAAAGUUGUGCGGCCUAUCCCUUGUUUGACAUCUCCAGCGGAGGUUACGUUUAUAUGGAUGAUAAUUCAACCAUUCAAUGCCCCAUUGGCACCAGGCUUUUGUUUGAUAAUGCCACGCAUUUUGUUCAAGAUGACUACAAUAGUAAAUUUUGUAGGAUAAAUAUUACAGUACUGAAGUACUUGUGUCUGUGCUGCAUCCUAGACUCUUACAGCAUGAUACGUGGAUCUACUCGUGGAUUAUCGUUAAACAACACAGUAGAGUGUCUUCCAUGCCCGUUUGGUGCCAGUUGUGUCAAAAGAAAUAUAGUGGCCAAACGUAACUAUUGGGGUCAUCGAAAUAGCUUAUCAGUCCCACCAUCACUGACGUUUAUUGCCUGUCCAGAGCAUUAUUGCCUACAGCCAGGCCCAGGCACUAAUGACUAUAACAGUUGCUCAGGGAACAGAAGAGGAAUUCUUUCUAAAGAGAGCCUUCUGCAAACGGUGCCAGGUAUCUCUGCAGUUAUCGCUGUGUUCAACUUUAAGCUACGCGCCCUUAAUAAAGGGCUCGGUUGCCCUUUCCCUGGGCUAACAUCGGUGACAAAGCAACUGGUUCUUUCCGGUACCGUUUUCUUGACAAUGGCUGACGUUGCUCUCGUUUAUUUCGUCCACUGUGUUAUCAACAUAAUUAGGCGCAACCAGAAGCCAUCCCUCAUCCAUUACAUGGCCGUCACCAUGGAAGUGUUGCUGUUAGGUUACGAAAGACUGGCUGAAACUUGCCUCAAAUUGAUGACCUGUGUAUCAAUCGGAUCUGAAAUGCGGCUUUUUAUCGAUGCAAAUGUUACAUGCAUGCAGUGGUGGCAGUAUCUCGUUCUCGCCUGCAUUGCGGUGUUUAUUGUCCCCUUCAUUGUCGUUCUUUACCUCGGAUCAUCCAAGCUUUACAAGGGUUCAAUGAAAGAAACUGAAUUUCUUGCUGCGUGCGUGCUUCCAUUGCCAUUUCUUGUCUAUUGGCUUCUUAAGAAAACCGAGAAACGACCAGGGAAUGAAUCUCUUGCAGUACAAGCUGUGAACAAAGAUGUCAUGGAAGUACUUCAUGGUCCUUUCCGUCCACCGAGGAGCGACGAUGGAGGGACGCUCUACUGGGAGAGCGUGCUGAUUGGCCGAAGACUAAUUCUCCUUGUUUUUCAUUCGUUCAUAAAGAGGCCAAUGGUACGAAUGAUCGCUAUGGCUACAGCUUGCUCUCUGAUAGCACUCCACCAUGUCUUAAAGUAUCCAUUUCGAAAUGUGAUAGCUAACAGAGUCGAGACAUUGUCCCUUACUGCUUUGUUAAUUAUUUCCAUAAUUAAUCUUACCAAAGCAACCCUGAUAUCAUUUGGUAUCACGGUCAUCGGGCCUUACGGAAGUUUUCUUGAUGUUAUGGAAUGGUUCGAGGUUGGUGUACUGGGGAUUGUACCGGUAUUAGUGUCCGUUUUGGUCAUUAGUGCCAUUCUCUCUCAACUCCUCCGCGUUUUGUUAUUUCUUUUCGAGCAAGCUGGCAGACUUUGUCAUCGGUCUGGCAACACUCAUUGCUCCAGCGACGAACAGACAAGGCCCCUCUUGGAUGCUGCUGAGUGAGAACUUCAAAGCGUUUUUUUCCAAGUUUUAUCAAAAAACUUCGGAGAAAUGAUUGUUACAAAUUUCAAGAUAAUUU